UUUUUUCUUCCUGUUUUAGAUUCUUAUAGGCAAUGGAAACUGAUCUCAAUUCCCAGGACAGAAAGGACCUGGACAAAUUCAUUAAGUUUUUUGCCCUCAAGACUGUCCAAGUGAUUGUCCAGGCUCGACUGGGCGAGAAGAUUUGUACUCGUUCAUCUUCUUCCCCAACGGGUUCAGACUGGUUCAAUUUAGCAAUCAAAGACAUCCCAGAGGUUACACAUGAAGCAAAGAAGGCGCUGGCAGGGCAGCUGCCUGCCAUCGGGAGGUCUAUGUGUGUGGAGAUCUCACUCAAGACUUCUGAGGGAGAUUCCAUGGAGCUAGAAAUCUGGUGUCUGGAAAUGAAUGAAAAGUGUGAUAAAGAAAUCAAAGUUUCCUAUGCCGUGUACAACAGACUGUCGUUGCUACUGAAGUCUCUCCUUGCUAUAACUAGGGUGACACCAGCUUACAGACUCUCCAGGAAACAAGGGCAUGAAUAUGUCAUAUUGUAUAGAAUAUAUUUUGGGGAAGUUCAGCUGAAUGGCUUAGGAGAAGGUUUCCAGACAGUUCGUGUUGGGACAGUGGGUACCCCUGUGGGCACCAUCACUCUUUCUUGUGCUUACAGAAUUAACUUGGCAUUCAUGUCCACCAGGCACUUUGAGAGGACCCCACCUAUCAUGGGGAUUAUUAUUGAUCACUUUGUGGACCGUCCCUAUCCCAGCUCCUCACCCAUGCAUCCCUGCAAUUACAGAACCGCUGGUGAGGACACUGGAGUAACAUAUCCUUCUGUGGAAGAUUCUCAAGAAGUGUGUACCACCUCUUUUUCCACCUCCCCUCCAUCCCAGUGUGUGUUUACUGUCACAAAGGCACAUUUUCAGACCCCUACUCCUGUGGUGACGGACACUCUGAGGGUCCCCAUGGCAGGACUGGCCUUUUCCCAUCAACUCUCAAGCUCUCGCCUUUCCUGUCAGCCUGCUGCCCUGGGCGUUGGAUCAGCUGACCUGGCUUGUCCAGCAGUGUUUGCUGCUGGCUUAAACACCACACACCCUUACCAGCUCAUGGUUCCCGGGAAGGAAGGUGGGGUACCCCUUGCUCCCAACCAGCCUGCCCACGGUGCCCAGGCUGGUGACCAGGAGAGACUGGCAACCUACACCCCUUCUGAUGGGGCCCACUGUGCUGCCACCCCUUCCAGCAGUGAGGAUACUGAAGCUGUGUCAAACAGCAGUGAGGGACGGGCCUCCCCCCAUGAUGUCUUGGAGACCAUCUUUGUCCGCAAAGUGGGGGCUUUUGUCAACAAACCCAUCAACCAGGUGACCCUGACCAGUUUGGACAUACCCUUUGCCAUGUUUGCUCCCAAGAAUUUGGAGCUGGAGGAUGUGGAUCCCAUGGUGAAUCCUCCAGAUUCCCCAGAGACUACAUCUCCUCUUCAGGGCAGCCUGCACUCUGAUGGCUCCAGUGGGGGCAGCAGUGGCAAUACCCAGGACGACUUUGUCAUGAUCGACUUCAAACCAGCUUUUUCUAAAGACGACAUUCUUCCGAUGGACUUGGGGACCUUCUAUCGUGAAUUUCAGAACCCCCCUCAGCUGAGCAGCCUCUCCAUAGAUAUCGGGGCACAGUCCAUGGCUGAGGACUUGGUAUGGAAACCCCUUCCCCCACCCCACCUCAUCCUCUGGCCUCGUUUCCUCCUUCUAUGGUCAUUCCUGCUCCACAUGCCUGGAAAUUUCUUCCUGUUACUCCUCCACGCCCACACCUCCCAUCUUCCCUGUAACAGGACAGAGACUUUUAGACCAUUACCUUCCUGGAAUCACACUUGAGAUUUGCAUUGUGCCUGGCAGUCAUUAUCUCAAAUUUGCUUGCGCUCAUUUCCUCCUUUUCUCUGCACUCUUGUCACAGCAUUUCUCACACUCUCCUGUGUUUGGUGCCUGAUGUCUUCUACUUGCUGAUGCCACUAAGCCAGGCUGCUCCAACAGCUCUUGCCAUCAGCUGUUAAGCUUGCCAGGCGGAUGACAAUGGUACAGGGCAGAAGAAGCAGAAGGUCCCCAGUAUUGGUGUUCUUGCCCUUUCCUCGGAGAGCUCGUUCCCUGGUUCUCGUGUUGAGCCAGGUGUCCUGAUACUGACUGUAAUGACCACAUCUCCGCUUAGGGUAUUUCCUAUUUCCUGUCUCUGAAGGGCAGAGGAGUGCCCUGCACAGCUGCAAACUCAGGGUGCCCCAUGCCACAAGAUGUCAGGAGGGUCCCUCUGCCUGAGGUGGGAAUAUCACCUCCUAUGUCGAAAUCAGAGGAAUGGCUCUAGGAAUAGGAAUCUAGGUUUAGCUGCCCUUGAUUUGCUUUAAUCAGAAAAGCAUGCUCAGUAAUAAUAAUACAGCAAUAAUGUCAUUAUUAUUAACAUUUAUUGAAGCUUUCUAGGUGCCAAGCAUUUUUUAAGUGCUUUACAUGAAUCUUCAACGACCCUAAGAGGUAGGUUUUCUUAUUAUCCCAGUUUACAUAUGAGAAAAACGACACUGGGAGCAAAUAACUUGCUGGUGGUUACACUGAGCUGGCAAAACAAGCUUUGACCCCUAAGAGUCUGGCUUCUGAUUUUAGGCUUUUAACCAUUGGCUCCCUGGCCUCUCAUUUGAAGUUUGCUUGGAAGGAACCGGAGUCCAAAGGCUCAACAUGAGGCUGCAGCCAGUGCUGGCUGGUUGCCCCAGCCUCCCAAACCCACCCGGGCAUCUGGCCUGUCUGGGCUGCUUUGUAAGUCCUGUGGCACCAAGUAUCUCGUGCCUGUCAGGAAGUCUUCUGUGAUGGCUGCACUCUUCAAAUGCAAAUUCAUCAGUGGAGACAGACCACCUGAUUAGGACCAAAUUUUAAUUAAUGGUUGAUACCUGAGGGCAGUUAAACUUAAGUCCUCAUGGUUCUGUUUUUUUGUUUUCAUUGUUCUCUCUCAACCCCCUCUAACCCA